AGGAGGACGCGAGGAAUCUACAAGCCGACAAGAUGAGAUCCAAGGCGAGGGCGAGAAAACUGGCCAAAAAUGAAAGUGAGGCAGUAGACAGCAUGUACGACACAGAGCCCAAUCUCGUGACUGGCGAGAGCGCAGAAGAGGAGACAGAAGACAGCAUCAUGUCCCCCAUUGCGGUGGGGCCCUCGUCCCCUCAGCCCUGCAAUGAGGACUUCACUCCUAAAGAGGGCUCACCCUAUGAGGUGCCCGUCUACAUUCCCGAUGAUAUUCCCAUCCCUGCCGACCUGGAGCUCCGUGAGUCGUCCGUUCCAGGGGCUGGCCUAGGAAUCUGGGCCAAAGUCAAAAUUUGCAUGGGCGAACGCUUCGGACCGUACAACGGGCUGCAGAGCGCCAUGGUGAAAGAGACCACUUAUGGAUGGGAGCAAAUGCUGAAUGAUCAUGAAACGUCGUCUCAAGACAGCUGUAUUAAAAAGGAAAUGGACAACAUGGGUAAUGUGAAGUUGUGUCUGGAUGGGGCUCUGGAGGCCAGCGGGAGCUGGCUCAAAUAUGUGCGCACUGCCCCGUCCCAUGAAGAGCACAACCUGGCCAUAUGCCACAUCAGCGAAGACCAGAUCUAUUAUAAAGCUACUAGAGAUAUUGAAAUAGGGGAGGAGUUACUGGUUUACAUGAAGGACGGAGUUUUCCCCGAGGGCUCAAUGGCACCGAACCUGGAAGAUGAGCAGAUGUACCGCUGUGAACACUGUGAUGAGCUCUUCACAUCAAAGCUGGAGUUACGGCGGCAUCAGAAAUACUCCUGCAGUUGCAGCAACUCGAUGUUUGACUCACUAAGCGAAGAUUUCAAACAGGAGCACGAAGACAGCGAUGAGCCAGUGCACGAGUGCAAAGACUGUGAAAAGAUCUUCCCUAGCGAGUACAGUCUCGGGCAGCACAUGAUCGUACACACAGAUGAGAGAGAGUAUAAGUGUGAACUGUGCCCCAAAGCUUUCAACUGGAAAUCCAACCUCAUUCGCCAUCAGAUGUCACAUGACAGUGGCAAGCGCUUUGAGUGUGAAAACUGUGAUAAGGUGUUCACAGACCCCAGCAACCUCCAGCGCCACAUCCGCUCUCAGCACAUCGGUGCCCGAGCCCACACCUGCCCUGAGUGUGGCAAGACCUUUGCCACCUCCUCGGGCCUCAAGCAGCACAAGCACAUACACAGCAGUGUCAAGCCUUUCAUCUUCAUGUGUGUUCUCCCAGGUGAGGUGUGUCACAAAUCGUAUACCCAGUUCUCUAACCUGUGUCGUCACAAACGGAUGCAUGCAGACUGCCGCACCCAGAUCAAGUGUAAAGACUGUGGGCAAAUGUUCAGCACUACCUCCUCCCUCAACAAGCAUCGGCGCUUUUGCGAGGGCAAAAACCAUUAUAAUCCCGGAGGCAUAUUCACAACGGGCAUACCAAUGACAUCCAGUCCCAUUUUAGGCAAGUCCAAGUCUCAUCAUGGCAUGAACCAUAGUGGACUUGGCUUCGGUGAUUACUUCCCAUCCAGGCUGCAUCAUGCAGGUUUGCCCUUUUCCCCAGCACCCCAUGCAUUCCCAGCCCUUUCCCAUGGCUUCCCAGGGAUUUUCCCCCCAUCACUAUAUCCUAGACCGCCAUUGUUACCUCCUAGUCCACUGCUCAAGAGCCCAAUUAGUAACAGUCAAGAUGGGAAGCUGCCUCCUCUUGAUGCUCCCACUCUUUCUGCGGUCGCAUCCAUGAACAACAGCAAUGGCAAUGUAGGGAGCGGUCUCAGCAGCCAGUCAGAGGACAAUCGAGAGUCCAAACUGGACUUGUUGUUCCACGACAACAAGAAUAAAGUGAAGAUGAAUGACAUGUCUGAUGGUAGUGACUUGGAAGAUGUGAACACAUCUAGCGGCACAGAUCUAGACACCACCACUGGCACAGUGUCUGGCUCAGAUCUAGAAAGUGAAGCAGAGAGUGAACGGGAGAAGAGCAGGAGGAAACCAGUGCAGGAGAGCAAGCAGGAUGAAGUGAGCAGCAGUUUAGUAUCUGUCUCCAGUUCAGGGAACCUCCCUUGCGAGCGUCCUUUCCUCUCCUCCCACCAUUCCUUUUUCCCACCGCCAGAAGAGCAAGCACUUCCACCCUCCGGGGCCACCACUGACUCCAUUAAAGCCAUUGCCUCCAUUGCAGAAAAGUAUUUUGGCUCAGGCUUAAUGGGCUUGCAGGAGAAGAAGAUGGGCUCCUUAAACUACCAUUCCAUGUUCCCUUUCCAGUUUCUGCCCAACUUCCCACAUUCCUUGUACCCAUUCACAGACAGAGCACUCAAUCCUGGCAUGUUCUUCAAACCUGAGCCUAAAUGCCCUCGUGAGCACAUACAGAAAAUACCUACAGCCACUGGUGUGGAUUCACCCUUUGACCUAACCACCAAACCCAAGGAGGUCAAACCUCUUCCUCCACCCCCCAGCAAGCCAGCCUUGCCAUCCAAUACCCCCUUGGCCCCUGGUGAGGAACAACCUCUGGACCUCAGCAUAGGCAGUCGAAGCCGAGCCAACCAGAACGGUGGCACACACGAUCAGCGCAAGAAUCACGUCUAUGGCGCAAAAUGCAAAGCAGCUAAAGAUGAACACCUAGCACUAACUCAGUCCCAGAACUUGCACCAGCCCCAGAUGCCUCAGCCGCAAGCAUCCCUUCCACAGCCACCUCCUCCCCAGCAGCAGCCGUCGCUCCACUAUGCCAAGCCCUCGCCAUUCUUCAUGGACCCCAUCUACAGCAGGGUGGAGAAGAGGAAGCUAAUAGACCCAGUAGGAGCUCUAAAGGAGAAGUACUUGAGGCCGGCACCACUACUUUUCCAUCCUCAGGUGUCUGCGAUGGAAAACAUGACUGAGAAGUUGGAAAGCUUUAGAUCUCUGAAACUGGAUGCUCCCAAUUCCCUCCAGCACUCCUCACACCACCUUUUUAACUUCCGCUCCCCGCCUCCCUCUCUCUCAGAUGCUAUCUUACGCAAAGGCAAGGAGCGAUAUACCUGCAGGUACUGUGGGAAAAUCUUUCCCAGGUCAGCUAAUCUUACAAGGCACUUACGAACACACACAGGAGAACAACCCUACAGAUGUAAAUACUGUGACCGUUCAUUCAGCAUCUCCUCCAACCUCCAGCGACAUGUUCGUAACAUUCAUAACAAGGAAAAGCCGUUCAAGUGCCACCUUUGCAAUCGCUGCUUCGGUCAACAGACCAAUCUGGACCGCCACUUAAAGAAACAUGAACAUGAGAAUAUUCCAGUGAGUCAGCAGUCUGGGAUCCUCUCAAAUUUAGGAACAAAUAUUUCCUCACCGAACUCUGAGUCUGACAAUCAUGCACUUUUGGAUGAGAAGGAGGACUCGUAUUUCUCAGAGAUUAGGAACUUCAUCUCCAAUAGUGAGCUGAACCAGGCCUGUAGCUCCUCGGAGAAAAGGCCAGAGCAGACGGAGGACGAUCAGCCUCAGAGUCACACUCAUGCCACCUCAAAACUGGCGGAGGAAGAUGAGGAGAUGGAGGGAGAUGAUGAAGAUGAGGAAGGCUCGUUGACAGAAAAGUCACAGGACGAGACGGCCUCUCCCGUCACUAUGGUGCAGGGCACUUAUGACGAGGACGAGGAGCCCACCCCUCUCCCUAUGUCUUACGAACACACGCGCAGGUGCAUUGAGGAGGAUGCAGGCCUGUUAGAUCUGGAACCUCUGCCUGGUUUCCCCAAAGGCCUGGAGUUCCAUAAGGCUGGCGAGGAGCCCUAUGACAUUAAAGACAUUUUUAGCACCUCGGUAGAGUCGGAGGCGCUGAAAGAAACACUUUUCAGGCAGGCUAAAACACAGGCUUAUGCAAUGAUGCUCUCUCUGUCUGAGAACACCAAUCUGCAUUCAUCCUCCCAGAACUCCUUGGAUGCCUGGCUCAACAUAGGAGGAGGGCCGUCGGAGACGAGCUCCUUUCACCCCCUCAACAACAUCUGAGAACGCCAACAAGACAAACGAGAGAUGGAGGGAGAAAGGAGGGGAGGGCAAGAGACCAACAUGAAGACGCAUCAAAAAGAGCUCGUGAAGACCAGCAAUGCCACAGUAGAUGAACCACCACUAUGAGAACACGAGGAGGAGAGCGUACUGUUGAGUGAAACAGACACAGGAACCAAUCACAGACGGGAGAGUCAACACGAGUGCACUCACCGAAUCCCAGCCCUACAGCAUCUUUCCUGUCUGCAACUAGCCACUAUAGUGAUGUUCUCUGCUGAUUCAAGAGGGAGCGAUGCAUUCGAAUGACUCUGAAAUCACCCCUCCACCUCAUUUUCAAUGAUAUGCAUUUCAUAGAGACUGCUCUCAAGGGGUUUUUAACAUGUUCUCGGAGAAGCCCAGGAAGGCUUGAGUGGACAGAGUAGUUGAGUGUUUCUUCAACUGGAGAUUUGAACCGUUUCUACUCAGCAUUCCAUUCGCACGCUGAUCUUCUACAGCACUGUACCAAGGUUUCCUUUCUAUUAACUCACAGCCGAAGUCUUACAGUAGAUCAUUAUAGUAGACAUCAACAUUGAUUUCCAAUGGCAGUAGAAGCACUUAAGCCUAAGCCCACAACUAGCAUGCUAACUUUCCCCUGAAGGCUCAAUGCAGUUUGUAAGCCACUGUCUCAAAAAGUAAAUGCUGGGAGAUUUGUGUUGGGCUGUGCGAUUUUGUCUCGUCCCCAGCCGGAUCUUCAUACGAUAAAUCGCUCAGCACGGUUGUUCAUGUGUAUAGCAUCACGGUCAUUGUAAUUAUUGUUGUUAUGCUUAGUGUUUUAGCUGUAUACAACCUUUAUUCCCAACUGAAAGUUUGUUUUUAAGAGUUAAAUUAUUCUCCAGUGGGGCAAUUGGAAAUCUUUUCUUUUUCUUGCAUUCAGUAAUAUUAUGAUUUUUUUUUCUAUGUGAUUUGUUCUUCAGUAAACAGUAUUGUUUCUUUUUGAGCACAUCUGUGCUUAAAUGUUAAUAUAAUUCUUUAGUGAAGGACCAAAUUUGUACAAUAUUGUUGUAUGAUGGACAGACUGAGUUAACCGUUGGUAGCAGAGAGUGUUGUGUGCCAAAACCCCCUUUUCUUUGACAAUCAUUUCUUUCCCGAGUGGUCGCCUCCACUUUUUUUUCCCCCUCUGUUGU